AGUAGGGCUGUAUGUGGCUUCCCAAGGUUACCAAGCUCGUGCAGAGCAAAUCAGGCGACUUAUAUUUAGCCUUGCAAAUGGCGCACUGUGGAUUAUGUCUUGGGGCUCUCCGGUUUCGUCUUCAGUGCGUUUUGUUGCAUGAAGGGGGGUUGUGGAUCAUGAAGAGGCUGGUAUUCAGGUGGUGGGCUAUUCGGAGAGUCCAAAAGACACCAAAGACGACACCCUUGAGUUGGACUGACAGUUGUGUGGAGGCAGAGCAGGGGGCUGCUUCCCAUACCAGCAGAGGACAGCCAGCGUCACUGGACAUAUCACAGACUAUUUCACUACUAGGCCACUGAGGUUUGGGAUCAAACAGUAUCAGCAUGGAUGUACUUGCCUUAGAGGCAAAGAGUGUAAAUGGAGCUGAUUCUGAGAAGAAGUCUGCGCCAAGGCCAAAACCAAAACCUCCCAAAAAGGCCAAAAGGAUUGUUUACUUUGAGGUGGAGAUCGUGGACUUAAAGACUAAAGAGAAACUGCUGCUGCUCGACAAGGUGGAGCCAACUGCCACUGUUUUGGAUAUUAAAGCUUUGUUUCACAAAUCAUAUCCAAAGUGGUAUCCAGCCAGACAGUCCCUGCGUUUGGAUCCAAAGGCCAAAUGUCUCAGGGAUGAGGAAGUACUCCAGACACUUCCCGUGGGAACCACAGCCAGCUUUUACUUCAGUGACCUAGGACCCCAGCUCACAUGGGGAACUGUGUUCCUGUCAGAAUGUGUUGGUCCGCUGAUCAUCUACUUAAUGUUCUACUUCCGCCUUCCCUUCAUCUACUCUCCGAAAUAUGAUUUCACCACCAGCAAGCACUGGAUCGUACACUUGGCCUGCAUGUGUCACUCCUUCCACUACAUCAAGAGGAUUCUGGAAACAAUGUUUGUGCACCGUAUCUCCCAUGGGACCAUGCCUCUCAGAAACAUAUUUAAGAACUGUGGCUAUUACUGGUGCACUGCAGCUUGGAUGGCGUACUACAUUAACCACCCUCUCUACACCCCACCCUAUUAUGGGCAGCAGCAGGUGAAUACAGGACUUUAUAUUUUCUUGUUCUGUCAAGUAGGGAAUUUUUCCAUCCAUGUGGCUCUUCGUAACCUCAAACUACCAGGUUCAAAAGCCAAGAAGAUUCCUUACCCAACAAAAAAUCCCUUCACAUGGAUUUUUUGGCUGGUCUCUUGUCCGAACUACACAUAUGAGGUGGGCUCCUGGAUUGGCUUCACAGUGAUGACCCAAUGUGUGCCUGUGGCUUUCUUCACUCUCGUGGCCUUCAUCCAGAUGACUGUGUGGGCCAAAGGAAAACACCGCGGCUACUUAAAGGAGUUCAGAGAUUAUCCGACCCUGCGCUCUUCCAUACUCCCUUUCAUCCUGUAGAGCCUGGCAGAGAAGACCACAUGCUCACAUGCAUCCACACCCUCAUUGAUUGGGUCCUAUUUUAAGGGCGUCUGCAUCCACUGGAUGUCAGAAAGCGUGUGCUGAGGUUAACAGCAAAGAUGGAUUUUGGUCAUAUGGACUCCAUGUAACUUUUUCUUACAUGUCAUGUCAGUAACAAGGAGUGGCAGUCACAGUUCCUCUGAGUUUGGACUGGUGAAUGCAGGACUGUUACAGGCAAAGAGUUAAAUGCAGCAAAGUCUUAAUUUAAUGUUGUAUGUGAGCUUGAAGAUCAAGAAGAUGAAAUUUUUUUUUUUUUUUUUUGCUACUUUGGAAAGUAACAUGUUUGAUUGAGAGUGCUGUUACGUUUUUAAAAGAAAUCCCAUUAUUUUCUUUGCUUUUGGCACAUUUCUUAGCUUUUGGCAACCUGAUCAGUGAAGUUUCCCACAAAGCUGGGAAACAAAGAGGCUAAUCUGCAUUGUCAAACUGGUGUGCAGCCUGGAGCUGACAACUUUGUGGCCUUGUGCAGUAUUCUGCUUAUCUGACUGAUCCAAGUGACCUCGGUACUUGGUACCGAGACACUAUGGUAGUCUUAGCUCUAUCUGGAUUAGAAAUUGUAUGCUGAUCGGGGGAAAAUCUUUUCUUUUUGUCUGUACAUGGAUUAAGUAUUUUUGUGGUUAGGAAAAAAAUUGAGAGGAAAAACACUGCUGACAGCAUGCACAGACAUGUCCUACAAAAGUAGACUUCUUGCUUACACAAGAUAAUUAUAUAGCAGUGCAAAAUGUGUUCAAUCUAAAAAGCAAAACGACCAAGUUUCAGACGUCAAAUCAUCAUCAGUGAACUGUGUAUCUAGUAUAAGGUUUCUUUGCAUUGUCAGCGUUGUGCCGAUCUUUUCCCACUCAAUUAUGUUCGCGCUAAUCUGAAGAGUUGUGCAGAUGCAAACAUGGACUGAAACUCGGUCUGAUGGUUCUUUCCAAGAUUGGAUAGGGAGUUUAUUCUCUGCUAUUCCAUUUUCACUGAAUGUGCAUUUCACAGAACGCUGCAUCGACUGAACCUUCAGAUUGAACGAGGAACUUUGAUUUGAUUUUUUUAUGUCCUGCUGUCAUUUUUGUGAGGAGAACAUUUGGUGUUGAGUAGGGUUUUUAUGUGAAGUGGAAAGUUUGUUUACAAUAUUUGAUUGAGACUGAAAAGGGUUAUCACUUGUCCUCACACAAGGUGACGCUGACCCUUAGUUUUAUGGUGAAUGUGUAAUAAACUAUCACAAAACAAGUGA